AUGUCCCAAAUCAUGAGUGGGGAAGAGGAAAAGUUGCAGGAGAUUCCGGAUAUGGACACCCUUGUUAGGGAGCUGCGCAGGAUUUAUCAGGGUCAAGAGGUCAACGUGGAAGAGGUCAAAGACGUACUGUCCAGGUACAAGUCGAGUCCAGCUGAUUGGAGGAAAUACGCUAAAUUUGAUCCUUUAAGAUACACGAGGAACCUAGUGGAUGAUUUCGAGGGCAAGUUCAACUUGAUUGCCCUCUGCUGGGGCGAAGGUCAUGCCAGCAGCAUUCAUGACCACAGCAGUGCCGACUGCUUUGUGAAAAUGUUGGACGGGGAGCUGGAAGAGACCAUGUACCAUUGGCCCACCGAGGAAGAACUGCAGGAGGGUGGCGAAGGUAAAAGUGAUGAGAUAAAGAUAAAGAUGUUUGAUGUCAACAGCAUGGGUUUACAUCGCAUGGCCAAUCCAAGUCACUCCAACAAGACUGUCAGCUUGCAUCUGUACUCUCCUCCAUUUAAGUCAUGCAGGGUUUUUGAUCAGCGCACUGGAAAGACGAGCGUCGUGAAAGUGACAUUCAACAGCAAGUAUGGAGAGCUGCUCCACAAUGAGACUUUAUUUGCUGGUUCAUCGACAGCUUGGAAUCCAACAAAAAACAAAGCACAGUAA